CAGCCGGAGUCGGGACUCGGGAUCCGCUGCAGCUGGAGUUUGAAGAAGUUUCCUGCUGUUGCGUUGGCAGUUUGACUAAAGAUGCUUCCCGGAGCGCUCACCGUGCUGCUGACUCUAUUCAGCUUCACUGAGAGCAAACAGAAAGACGUUUAUACUUUUAAAGUAGUGAACAGCAGGGGGAAGUUAGUGUCCCUGGAAAAGUACCGUGGUUCGGUGUCCCUGGUGGUGAAUGUAGCCAGUGAAUGUGGCUUCACUGAGGAGCACUACAAAGACCUGCAGCAGCUCCAACGGGACUUUGGGCCGUAUCACUUCAACGUGCUGGCAUUCCCCUGCAACCAGUUUGGGCAGCAGGAGCCCGGCAGCGACAAGGACAUUGACAGCUUUGUGCGCAGAGUCUACGAAGUCUCCUUCCCCCUGUUCAGUAAAAUCGCUGUCGUCGGAACCGGAGCCAACAAUGUCUACAAGCAUCUUGUUGAGUCUUCUGGAGUCGAGCCGGACUGGAAUUUCUGGAAGUAUCUCAUUGAUGUAAAUGGAAAAGUGAUGGAUGCAUGGGGACCAAAAGUUUCUGUCAAAGAAGUCCGACCCAAAAUAGCUGAAAUGGUGCGGCAGAUAAUCCUAAAGAAGAAGGAAGAGCUUUAACCAUCUGUUAAAAGUCCUUUUAGUGUUAAGGUUAGAUUUACAUUAACUGGUACAUGAACCACAGAGAUAUGUUACCUGUACAAUCAGACUUUGUUUGAAUAAACCAUUAAAUCAAGUCACACAACGAAAGCAGAUUUGACUUGCUUUCUGAAAGCACUGAUGAAACGCCACUAUGUUUUUAAAUGUUUAUAACAGGUGUUUGACAUUUGAAGUUGCAGCCUCAAGCCAAAGAUCUCUUCUCCUAUCUGUUAGACAUGUGGGUUAUGCGUUUGGUUUUUUAUUCAUUCUGAUUUGUGGAAUAAACUUUUACUGUGAUGAGUGA